CAUUCUCGGACGUUUUUGACAGAAAAAAUCCUGAACGAGUGAUUGGUUUCAUGCCUUGGGUUCCCUUCGAUUAUUCUGUUUCGCCCUACUACGAAAUGACGCGAAUUUCUGUGUAUAUUACAAUCACAAUGCUGUACCCUAUGGCGGUUAUUAGACUUUCCCUAAUGCCGGUCCUGAUUCUACAUGUGAUUGGUCAAUUCGAAUCAAUAUCAUCGAGGAUCUCUCAGAUCACUUCAACAUCUGGAAGCGACAUUGAUGAGAAUGUUAUAGAAAUAAUCAAAUCACAUCAGGAGAUAUUAAUGAUCUCAAAGAACCUAGUCGAGUUCUUCAGACCAAUCAUUCUGUUGAAAGCUAUAUUUUCGUUCUGGAUGUUCGCUGUUUUGAUGGUGGUUAUAUAA